GUGCUGCCCGCUUCGGGCGCGGCAGCUGUGGGUGUGUUCCAUGCUGCUGCUCACCGCAGCUGCUGUGGGCGCUACGCAACCUUCAGCCGCAAAAAUGCGGUUGGGCCCCCUCCCCCCCGCUUCGGUGUUGUUCUGGUUGGCCAGGCCUCCAGUGACCUCUGCAGAAAAACGUACAGUUGCAAGGCUUCAGUUCCUCCCGCGGUGCAGACAAUACGGACGUUUGUCUUUGGGAGCGAGGGAGGGCAAUUGAGCACUGCGUCCAGGGCGCAGUCUGUAAACAGCAGGUGGUUUUGUCCGCGGCUCCCCUUUUUACAACGAGCGUGGGGGAAGGGAAUUAGGAGGAGAGGUGUGACUGGAUAGUCCGGAGAGCCGGUCUUUAAGGGAUUGUGAGAGCCUAGGAGGGAAUGGAAAGGUGGCUCCUUCCAGCUCGCCUUCUAAUCAGCUGUCUUGCAGGAGCCUGGUUCUGGAGCCAGACUGACCGCCCUUGAGUCAUGACUCCUCCUUUACUGGCUUUGUGGUAUUAGUGUGGCCUUUUCCUGUCUGAUGCUGGAGGAGGCAACCUGAUGGUCCUCUGACAACUGUUCGCCUCAGCACUAAGGAAACAGAUGGCAAUGUCACAGACACAGGAUUAUGAAUGCAGAAGCCACCAUGUUGAUGAGCAGGAGUCCAGGAUUCCAGGGUCAAGCACCAGGCUGGAGUGGGUGGAGAUCAUCGAACCACGCACACGCGAACGUAUGUAUGCCAACCUGGUCACCGGGGAGUGUGUGUGGGACCCUCCAGCCGGCGUGCGAAUCAAGCGCACCAGCGAGGACCAGUGGUGGGAGCUCUUUGACCCCAAUACAUCACGCUUCUACUACUACAGUGCUGCCUCGCAGCGCACCGUGUGGCAUCGCCCGCAGAACUGCGACAUCAUCCCUCUGGCCAAAUUGCAGACGCUGAAACAGAACACUGAGUCUCCACGUGCCUCUGCGGACAGCAGCCCAGGGAGGGGCAGCCGAGAUGGUAGCACCGGCUCCUCCCUGGAGCCAGAGCCGGAGGAAAGGGCACAAGAGCUGCCAGUUCGCAGCGGGCGGGCGACAACCUUGGUCACUUCAAAGGAGGAGAGUAGCAGCUGCUCGCCACCAGGUGUGCUCCUGGAGAAGGACUAUGAGGUUUACCGGGAUUACAGUGCGGACGGCCAGCUCCUUCACUACAGGACCUCCUCACUGCGGUGGAAUUCUGGUAACAAGGAACGCAUGCUCAUCAAGGUUGCUGACCGUGAACCCAGCUUCCUCACGUCCCAAGGCAAUGGCUAUCCCUCAGACAGCCAGCCUGGGGGGCAUCACCGCAGACCAUCUGGUAGCCAGCACUCACCUAACCUGCAGACCUUUGUUCCUGACACUGAUGGCAGUGUCUUCUUUCCAGAGAGGCGGCCCUCACCGUUCCUAAGAAGGGCUGAGCUCUCUGGAAACUGUUCUCCACUGCUGAUGCAGCCCCGAAAGCCCUCCAGUGACUCCCAGCCCUCCUCCCCGCGCUAUGGCUAUGAGCCCCCACUCUAUGAAGAGCCUCCCGUGGAAUACCAGGCCCCUAUUUAUGAUGAGCCCCCCAUGGAUGUGCAGUUUGAGACCAACAGCCCCUACCAGACUGGCUCACCUCAGAGGUCACCAGGCCGAAAGCCCCACCCAUUCCUGCAAACUACCAAACAGACCCCAACAUCACCCUGCCAGCAGCUGAUGCGCACCAAACAGAAGUGCCCAGAGCGCUUUCUGAGCCUGGAAUACAGUCCUGUGGGCAAGGAGUAUGUGCGGCAGCUGGUGUAUGUGGAGCAGGCGGGCUCCAGCCCCAAGCUCAGAGCUGGGCCCAGGCACAAGUAUGCACCCAACCCUGGUGGUGGCACCUACUCCCUGCAGCCCAGCCCCUGCCUGCUGAGAGACCAGCGCCUAGGGGUCAGAUCAGGAGACUACAGCACCAUGGAAGGGCCCGAGUCACGCUCAAGUCAACCACCCACACCACUGCCCCAAGCCCAGGAGGAUGCCAUGUCCUGGUCCAGUCAGCAGGACACCAUGUCUUCCACAGGCUACUCCCCAGGCACUCGAAAGAGAAAGAACAGAAAGCCAUCUCUGUGCCAAGUCCCUAGCACCUCAUCCACUGAUGGUGCUGGAGACCUACUAGGAGAGCAGCCUCUGACUGAAGAGCGUUCUCCAUGCAGGUCCAGCCUUACCCCAGUAAAGGCUGAAGCAGACCUAGUACGAGGCACACCUGAGCCCUUCCUGGCCCAGGCCCGGCUGGCCUGGGAGGCCCAGCAAGCCCACUUCCACAUGAAGCAGAGGGGCAGCUGGGACUCCCAGCAAGAUGGCUCAGGGUAUGAGAGUGAUGGCGCUGUCCCCCUGCCCAUGCCUGGGCCUGUGGUACGAGCGUUCAGUGAGGAUGAGGCGCUGGCACAGCAGGACAAGCACUGGAAGCGGAGCACCUUUGAGAAGCUUGGUUUCCCCCAAAUCCUGCUGGAGAAAAGCAUCUCUGUACAGACCAACCUGGCCUCACCGGAGCCUUACCUCCAUCCCUCACAGUCUGAGGACCUUGGUGCCUGCGCCCAGUUUGAGAGCAGCCGGCAGAACCGCAAUGCAGUUCCCAGCUCCAGCUGCGUCUUCCCCACGUUCACACUGCGUAAGCCCUCCUCAGAGACGGACAUCGAGAACUGGGCCUCCAAGCACUUCAACAAGCACACCCAGGGUCUCUUCCGACGCAAAGUGUCCAUAGCCAACAUGUUGGCCUGGAGCAGCGAGUCCAUCAAGAAGCCCAUGAUCGUGACCAGCGACCGGCAGGUGAAGAAGGAGGCCUGUGAGCUCUUCAAGCUCAUUCAGAUGUACAUGGGUGACAGGCGGGCCAAGGCAGACCCGCUGCACGUGGCCCUGGAGAUUGCCACCAAAGGCUGGAGUGCACAGGGCCUGCGGGAUGAGCUGUACAUCCAGCUGUGCCGGCAGACCACAGAGAACUUCCGCCUGGAGAGCCUGGCCCGUGGCUGGGAGCUCAUGGCCAUCUGCCUCGCCUUCUUCCCACCUACCCCCAAGUUCCACUCCUACCUGGAGGGCUAUAUCUACCGACAUAUGGACCCCGUUAACGACACUAAAGUGACACAACACAUAAAAGAGCUUCUGGAAAGGAACAGUAAGAAGAAGUCCAAACUGAGAAAGAAACCCAAGCCUUAUGUUGAAGAGCCAGAUGGGGUGGCAAUAAGCACCUAUGCGAAGUACUGUUACCACAAACUGCAGAAGGCAGCCCUGACUGGGGCCAAGAAGGGCCUGAAGAAGCCUAAUGUGGAGGAGAUCCGCCAUGCCAAGAAUGCGGUGUUCAGCCCGUCCAUGUUUGGCAGUGCGCUGCAGGAGGUGAUGAGCAUGCAGAAAGAGCGCUAUCCUGACAGGCAGCUGCCCUGGGUACAGACACGGCUCUCCGAGGAGGUGCUGGCACUCAACGGUGACCAGACAGAGGGCAUCUUCAGGGUCCCUGGUGACAUUGAUGAGGUGAACGCCCUGAAGUUGCAGGUGGAUCAGUGGAAGGUGCCUACAGGCCUGGAGGACCCACAUGUCCCUGCAUCGCUGCUGAAGCUGUGGUAUCGGGAGCUGGAGGAGCCCUUGAUUCCUCAUGAAUUCUACGAACAAUGCAUUGCACACUACGAGAGCCCGGAGGCCGCCGUGGCCGUGGUGCAUGCGUUACCGCGCAUCAACCGAAUGGUGCUGUGCUACCUCAUACGCUUCCUCCAGGUGUUCGUGCAGCCUGCCAAUGUAGCCAUCACCAAAAUGGACGUCAGCAACCUGGCUAUGGUGAUGGCACCCAACUGCCUGCGCUGCCAGUCGGAUGACCCGCGUGUCAUCUUCGAGAAUACACGAAAGGAGAUGUCCUUCCUUCGAGUGCUCAUUCAGCAUCUAGAUACCAGCUUCAUGGAGGGCGUGCUAUAGCACUCAGGCUACGGACACCCACUAGGGUGACACCCGGGGAGGUGGGAGGGAAACCCCAGUGCGAGGCAGCAUGUCAGGCCCCGCCAGAUGCCCGUCCUGCCCCGCCCCGCCCCAGGUCCUCCGGGGCAAAGCAGCCGCGCCGUAUCUCGUGGCCAGUUCCUGCGGGCACCGCUCCAAGGUCGCAGGCCAGCCCCGAGAAGUGCCUUCUGUUUCCCGGAGCCAAGCGACACUGCCCUCCUGGUUGGCCGAAGCACAUGCCGCGUUGUUCAGUACAACACGACCUCGUCCCCUCUUCAGGGCAGUCCUCCACCAAGGCACCCUCGCCCUGAGCCCUCCAACCCUAGUCUUGGGGCCUGAAGGAGAGUGAGAGGCGCUUAAAGAGCAGUGCUGGCCACCACUAGGAUGCGGUCCAGUGCCAUCGGCCCAAUGCCUAAUGAGUCUUUGUGCAAGGGGAGGCCCCAAACCAAAGCCCUCUGUAGUAUGGCCAGGGCAGGCAGGCGUUCUUGGGGCGGGUGGGGGAGGGCGAGAGAGAGGUUUUGUUUUUAUGGUUUUUCGGGUUAAGUCCAGAAUCUAUCCCGCACCCAUCCUACCUGUGUAUAAAGAUAUAAAUAGACCGACAGAUGUCAGAACUAAGUUUGCUAAGGACAUAGUUUUAACCAGAUGCUAUUUAUCUCUUGAACUGCCCUUGCCGUCCUCGCGUUGAGCAAGUUAGCACCACUCUCCUUUGACCUCGCGGCCUCUGACCAAACUCCACACCCGGACGGAGCGUGGAUGGGACCCAGACUCGUCUGCGUUUUCCAUUCCGGAAUCUGAGUUCCAACAGUUGUCAAACUUCAUUUCUCCCGUUUAUAUGAUAUAUAUAUUUUUAGAAUUUUUAUUUAUUAAAAACAAAACUUCCGCCAUGCUGAGGCCCGCAGCCCUCUGGGGCGGAUCCUGGACCUCUGUGGCAGCCUGGCCGCAGGCCCUCCCUCGGGCGUGUGGACCGAGGUGACUGGAGCGCCGUGUGAAUAAAGUUCAAGUGC